AUGCUGAUGCUUAAGUGCACACAGUUCCCCAUAGAAUGGCUACAUACUGUCCACUUCUAUGAAGACAUAGUUCUGGUACCUCCCAUACUCCUUGAUAAGCAGUUCUCUGAAUUCACUCCGGACAUUACACCAAUCAUCUUGGCAGCCCACACAAAUAAUUAUGAGAUAAUAAAACUUUUAGUUCAGAAAGGAGUCUCGGUGCCCAGACUCCAUGAGGUCCGCUGUAACUGUGUUGAAUGUGUCUCCAGUUCAGAUGUGGACAGCCUUCGCCACUCACGCUCCAGACUCAAUAUCUACAAGGCCUUGGCUAGCCCUUCUCUCAUUGCACUGUCAAGUGAAGAUCCUUUUCUCACAGCCUUUCAACUAAGUUGGGAGCUUCAGGAAUUGAGCAAGGUGGAAAAUGAAUUCAAGUCUGAGUAUGAGGAACUUUCACAACAGUGCAAACAGUUUGCUAAGGACCUACUGGAUCAGACAAGAAGCUCCAGAGAACUAGAAAUCAUACUUAAUUACCGAGAUGAUAAUAGCCUCAUAGAAGAUCAAAGUGGAAAUGAUCUUGCAAGACUAAAAUUGGCCAUUAAGUACCGUCAAAAAGAGGUGAGUGUUGCCAGAAUUUACCCAUCAAAACAUCAUAAUUUUAAUCACAGUGCAGGAAAAUGUUACUCCAAAAUUAGGUUGUCAUGCAUCUUUCUCCAAGCUUCUGUUUUCUCAUCUACUUAA